AUGCAACGGAUGGAAGGCUUGGUCGAACGAAACAUCACCAAGUGGAUGAACAAGCUGGACACGGACUUCGUCGAGCCCAAGAAGCCGCUGGACUUCGCAGUCUGGGGCACCUUCCUGUCGUACGACACCAUCACCGACGUCGGGUUCCGCACGCCCCUGGGCUUCGUGGACACCGGCACAGACGUCGACAACCUGAUCCGCAUCUUCCAGGCCGGGAUGAGACUGCUCGGCGCGGUGGGGAGGGUCUACACGAUAUUCGACGUCCUCACGCAUCCGCGCCUGAAGAGGUAUUUCCAGGUGUCACCAGAGCAGAACAUCUGGUUCGGGGGCGUCAUGAAGCGCGCCAGACAGGUCCUGGCCGACCGCACCAAAGCCCUAGAAGAAGGGCGCGUCGUCAAGCCCGAGAAGGGCAACGACGAUUACGACUUCCUGCAAGCAUUCAUGGACACCCGCACCCCCGAAGGGCACGUCCUCGACGCCGAAACCAUCCAGUCCGAGAUCUUCGUCAUCCUGGGCGCAGGCUCCGACGGCUUCGGCAGCUCCAGCUCAGCGCUCUUCGCCGAGAUCCUCUCGCGGCCGACCACAUACACCCGAGUGGUGGAGGAGCUGAGAACAGCCGUGCAGAGCAGCCAAAUCACCCACCCCAUCCCAACCUACACGGAAGUCGCAAAGAGCCUCCCCUUCUUCUGCGCCUGCAUCCGCGAAGCCAUGCGUCUGCACCCGCUCGCAUCAACGCUGCUCCCGCGCGUCCUAACACCCCUGGACCCCGAAAUCGUCAUCAACGGCCGCAGGAUCCCAACUGGCAUCGAGCUAGCAGCGAACCCGUGGAUCUCGCACAGGGACAAAGCCGUCUACGGUCCUGACGCGGAGGAGUUCAAGCCUGAGCGGUGGCUGGCUGACCCGACCAAGGCGAAGGAGCUGGAGAAGUAUAAUCUGAUCUGGGGCACGGGGAGCAGGGUCUGUCUGGGCAAGCACUUUGCCAUGAUGAUGCUGUAUAAGGCGCCGGUUGCGCUACUCAUGGCCUACGACGUUAGGCUGUGCAGGGAGACGCCGCAGACGCCGAAGCCCUGGUCGCGAAUGAAUGGGCCCGCGCGGCUCUGGCAUGAUGUCUGGAUUAACCUGACGAAGCGCGAGCCUUGGGUUGGAGGACGAGAGGAACAAACUAAGGACACAGAGGGGAUGGGGAACGAUGCUGCUGCUGCUGCUGUAGAGUCUACGUAA